CGCGCGCCGCUCGUCAUGGCCGGCUGGACCAAGACCAAGACCUACGAUUCCCACCACUUCGACUCCGGAGCUUGGGAUGUCGUCAAACCCCGGGACGACGACAUCGUCAUUGCUACGGCCUACAAGGCGGGAACCACCUGGAUGCAGCAGAUCGUCGCGCAGAUCUUGUUCAACGGCGAACCCCCCGCCGCGGUGGGUGAGCUCUCUCCGUGGGUCGACCUCCGCGUCCCGCCCCGUGAGGUCAAGGAGGGCAUGGUCGAAGCCAUCCCCGGCCGCAGGUUCCUCAAGACGCACCUGCCGACCGAUGCGCUCGACUAUAACCCGAGCCAAAAGUACAUCUACGUCGCUCGGGACGGACGUGACGCGUUCAUGUCUCUCAUGAACCACUACAAGUUCGGCAACGAGAUGUGGUACGGCGCGCUCAACGAGUCCCCAGGCCUCGUCGGCGCCAAGCUCCCCGCCUGGGAGGAAGCCUGCGAGGGCAAGGAGGGCGACGAGGCGAUCCGAGCCGUGUUCGACAAGUGGCUCAACACGCCGUGGGGAGAGCACCCGUGGGAGAAGGACGGGUGGCCCUUCUGGUCGCUCUUCUACAACAUGAAGACCUGGUGGGACGCCAAGGACCUUCCCAACGUCCUCAUGGUGCACUUCACCGACCUCAAGAAGGAUCUCGCCGGUCAGAUGCGUCGCAUCGCCGACUUCAUCGGCGUCCCCGUCGACGAAGCCAAGUUUGACGCUCAGGUUCACGCUUGCACCUUCGAGGCCAUGAAAGGCAACGCCGCGGCGGUCGCCCCACUCGGCGGCGCGAUGUGGAAGGGAGGCGCGGACACGUUCAUCAAUAAGGGUACCAACGGACGGUGGGUCGGUGUGCUGACCGACGAGCAAGUCGCCGCCUACGAGAAGGCUGCGCAGGAGAGGCUCGGCGGCGAAUGCGCCAAGUGGCUCGCGGCUGGCGGAGACAUCUGAGAGUUUUGAGACCUCUGAUGAGAGUUUUGAGACAUCUCACAGGAGAGAUCCGAUCAUUUUUUUCGAUUCAAUCGUCAUCGUCUAACCGGUGGCGGCCUUUGAUAUCGUCAGCGCGGCGACCGCGAGCAGCAGCGUCGUCAUCGCCGCCUGCAGAAACUCCCUGCUCGCAACCUGCAGGAUCCUCGCCCCCGUCGCCAUGCCGACGAUGGCGCACGGCGCGAUGAGCAGCGUCAGCCCCACGUCCGGCCGGACGCCCGUCGCCGACAUGGAUAUCACCGCGGCGGUCACCAGACACGCGGCCAGGACCGAGGCGCACCCGACGAUCACCUUCCUGCUGAUCCGCUCGUCCCCCUUCCACGUGAGCAAAAUCGGGAUGAGAAUGAGCGGCCCGCCCGUGCCGGUGAGAACCGAGGCGCAACCGAUAAACAAACCCAUCGCCGCGAGUAUCGCCAUCUCCCGCUCGGUCACGUUCCAUCGCAGAUCCUCCGGUAUGGAGUCGGCGCUCAUGUAGGCGGCGGCGACGCGCUCGCGAAACGUCAUGUUAGGCGGUGGCGGCGCCGAGAUCUCGAGUUUCACCACCACGGCUUCUUCGACGCCGGCUUCGCCGUCGGCGCCCCGCUUGGCGUCAUCGCCCCGGGGGCUCGACGCCGUCUCGUUUGUGGGCGAGUCGCCCGGCUCCUCGAUCCGUCGUCCAUCCUCCGCCCGUCGCUCCCCGCGCUGCUUCAUCUUCCUGCUGUAGAGCUCCCACGCGUCCCUCGCGCCCGCGAGGGCUGCGAAAACCCCGACGAGGUACGUGAGCGCCCUCCGGGGUGACGACUCGACCAGCACCCCGCCGAUCGCCGCUCCUAUCGCGGCGGUCGAGCCGCAGCUCAGGGCGGCGCGCCAGGGUAUCAAGCCCCUAAUCCGACCCAGCACCAGCAGCUUCGCGCACGCGGCGGGCAUGAACGCGAUGUAUAUGGACGCGAUGCCCACCGCCGGCUGGACGCCCACCACCAGGAGCGCGGGAAGGAUCACCACCCCGCCGAUUCCCACCGCCCCGAUGAGCAGAGCGCCGAUGCCGCACGCGAGGAUGACUAGGACCAGCUCCCCGGGCCCCAUGUCCGACACCAAGGUAUCGGACGACAUCGUCGCGAACCCUCCCCCCUCUCCACGUCG